GCGGCUGGGGCUGCCUGUGGGGCAGCCGGUGAAGCUUUGGCGAGGAGGCGCGCCGCAGCCAUGUACGGGCUGGCGCGGGCCCUGUGGCGGGCCGCGGACCCCAGGCGGCUGUGGGCUCCCCGACGAAGGGGUGGCAGUGCCGGGGCGCGACCCUGGGGCUGGGGACUGGCGCUGGGGCUGGCGCUAGGAGUGAAGGUGCCGGCGCCGGUGGGCUGCGAAGCUGACGGCGGACAGGAGGCGGAGGCGAAUUCUCUGCCGUCCCCUCGGGGCUUCGGCGCGGCCAUCGAGAGGAGCAGGGACCUCCUGCGGAGGAUUAAGGAUGAAGCAGGAAUCCCAGGUAUACUAGUUGGAGUUUCUGUAGAUGGAAAGGAGGUCUGGUCAGAAGGUUUGGGUUAUGCCGACGUAGAGAAUCGUGUGGUAUGUAAGCCAGAGACGAUCAUGCGAAUUGCUAGUAUUAGCAAGUGUCUUACAAUGAUGGCUGUUGCUAAAUUAUGGGAAGAAGGAAAACUGGAUUUGGAUGCUCCAGUGCAGAAAUAUGUCCCUGAAUUUCCAGAAAAAGUCUACGAGGGUGAAAAGGUUGCCAUCACUACAAGACUGCUAGUUUCACACUUGAGUGGGAUCCGCCACUAUGAAAAAGAUAUUGCGAAAGUAAAGGAAGAAAAGGAGAAGGCAAAUAGAGCCAUAAGACCCUAUCAGGAUAAAGAACAAAAAGAAAAAGAUGGCAAGGGGAUGGAAAAGACUGAUCCUGUCAAACUGAAGAAAGAACAUGAAGGUGAGGUAAAAAGCCGCAAUUCAAAACCUGGCAGGAGAGACAAGGAAUUUGAGCAAGAAGAGUAUUAUUUGAAGGAAAAAUUUGAAAGUGUGAUUGAGUCACUAAAGAUAUUUAAAAAUGAUCCUUUAUUCUUCAAACCAGGUAGUCAGUUCUUGUAUUCAACGUAUGGCUUUACUCUCUUAAGCGCUGUUGUGGAGAGAGUUUCUGGACAAAAAUUUACAGAUUAUAUGCUAAAAAUGUUUCGUGAUUUGGAUAUGCUGUCAACUGUAUUGGAUGACAAUGAAGCAAUGAUCUAUAACAGAGCAAGAUGCUAUGUUUACAACAAAAAGGGACGGCUGGUAAAUGCACCAUACGUGGACAACUCUUACAAGUGGGCUGGUGGUGGCUUUCUGUCAUCAGUAGGUGACCUUCUGAAAUUUGGAAAUGCCUUGUUGUACAGUUACCAAGCUGGACAAUUUAAAGACACUAACAGCAAACUUCUUCCUGGGUACCUCAAACCAGACACAGUCGCAAUGAUGUGGACCCCAGUGCCAAAAACAGAAGUAUCAUGGGACAGGGAUGGUAAAUAUGCAAUGGCUUGGGCUGUAGUAGAGAAGAAACAACAGUGUGGCUGUUGCAGACAGCAGAGACACUAUGCAUCUCAUACGGGUGGUGCAGUAGGGGCAAGCAGUGUCCUCCUGAUUCUUCCCGAAGAACCUGAUUCUGAAGCUGUUGGUACCAGGCUAGUGGCACCACCUAGAGGAGUAAUUGUUAGUAUUAUCUGUAAUAUGCAAUCUGUUUCACUCAACAGCACUGCCUUAAAGAUUGCAAGGGAAUUUGAUAAAGAAAAAUGGGCACAAUAUAUAGAUUAAAAAAAACCAGAAAUACAUGUGACUGAACUCACUGUACUGAAACACGAAAAACAACUGGAGAAGGUAUAAUUGGACUCUGACAUCACUAAAAAUGCCUGAAGAAAAUGCAUCAAGAACUCACUUAACUUCUAACUAGUGGUGCUAAACUUAAUGUGUAACUAGAAUUCAUCUCUCAGGGAAGUUCCUAGCUUACAGAAAAGGAGAAUGUCAAAUUCUACUUCAGUAGCACCUGUGUAAAUUUUCAUUAUUAUUAGCAGGUGUGGUUUUUUUCUCAUCCAGUCAUUCAGUGAAGCACUUGACCAAGAUUUGGAGAAAAAAAAAAAGGCAUUGGUUCCUUGCACUGAGAAGUACAACAACAAAUUAGCUACCUUAAAUGUUAAAUUUCACGUCUUGAUCUGAGCACACAAAAAUUUUGUUAUUCUCACAGCUCCAAUCUGCCAAAACUAUUCAUUACUAAUUUUUAAAGGAAAAUAAUUUUACUGUUGACUCUUAUAUCUUCACAUAGUGCAUUCAUUAUUUGCUUAAAAGGCAAAACAAAACCCAAACCCUGAAGCUACCUCCAGAAUGCAGAUUUACACCAGGAGUACACUUCUAUCAGAGUCAUGGAUUGUUAAGUUUUAGAAAAGCAUGAAGAUAGGAUGAUGUAAGUAAAAAUGGUUGUUAUUUAGAUGUUCUUUCCUCUAUCUUUACGGGAUACAGAGAAUGUGUGAAAGUGGUUUAUGGUGAAAUAAGGUUAUUACUGCCACAGUCAAAUAUGCCAGAAUAGCACAGCAUGGUGAGCUGUCAAAGGGCCCGUUGUUCUUGAAUGAGACGCAAACUUUGGCAGCCAGAAAUGGUGCUGUAUUCCAUAAUGUACAUGUUCUUUUAGAUCCAGCAAGUAGGAACUCAGUUCAGUAAAAUGUAAAGCCCAUUCUUGAAGCCACUAGUAGAAAGCUCAUGGAAUUUGAGAGGCUUUUUUUAAAACCAUCUUCUUUUGUUUUGGAGGCCUGCUUCAAGGAGGUACUACUGCACACAACUGAACAAGAAAUUAUGACAGAGUUCCAAAGCAGCAUUUUCAAA